UUUUAGUUGCCAACUCGGCAACCCAGAGUUGGCAACUCUGUCAGACUGAGCCCAAUUCACCAUGAUCUCGCCAAGUCUGAAGCUAGCAGGUCGCGCACGCGUCGCGCCGGCGCUGUGCGCGGGUGUGCCACGCUGUGCCGGUCUGUGCAGCACGCGUACGCGCGUAUAUGCUGCUCUCGCGGCUAGGAUUGAAUUUGCAGCGCUUCGGGAAAGGUGGGGUCCCAGGCGCUGCCAGAUUCGUUCGUUCAGGCACCGCGCGCACGUUCUCGACCGCUGUGCACCGCCUCCAGACUAGCCAUCAACUACCCAUCCUGAAACCACUACUUAUGGCCGAGCCCGCCGAGGACGGCGGCGCGAAUGUAGUCAGAGAUGUGCGCAUUAGACAUCGUCCUGGUAUAAUUAGUACCAACGACGAAGAUGGCAGCAAAAUGGUGCAGCUCCCACAACAGUACGCACAUUACGGCGACCUCGGCGUCGUCAGAGGUUAUGUACCGGAACCGGGCUUCUUCCGGCGUUACGACCGCAAACAAGUAACCGUUGUCCCAGAUGUAUUUACGAAAGGCGCCAUGGGCAUCUUCGAGGGGAAUGAGUACAUGCCUACCGCUUCGCAACCUGAUGCGAAGCCAAAUACGAAGCCGGACACUGUUUGCUAUGGAUGUUUGAAGUUAUUGCGCUCUCCAAAAUCCGGCCAGUCCAAUCUCUUGUCACACGUAAAAGCGUGUAAGGGAUAUACUCCUGAAAGACUUGCCGCCAUGGGUAUUACCGGGCCAUCUGUAGACGUCCUGUGUAGAAGUCAAAUUUCGAGAGGCUAAACGUCGCGUCACCGACACGAAGGCUGCCGUCGACAGCAUGGGGCUAGGUAGCCCUCGACAAGACGUCUCCAUGCACGAGCGUCGGUUACCCGUGCCGACGGGCCGUCGCGUCGAUUUUUGUGGGGACCCGUAGUCCUCUCUCGCGAUGACCUGGCUCAACGAUCGAUUUCCACACAGGUAGCACAACCGAGAAAGGACGGUGGGCGGGACCGCCGCCGCGCGCUCGAGGCAGAUGCCGCCGACCCGCUCGACAAGGCUAUUGUUCAAGUGAUGACUUCUCGUUGGAUUACUUCGGCGGGUUUGGCCGACACGACCGCGGAUCACCCGUUGCUCGACGCUAUUUUUUUGAAAUUAUCCGAUGGAAGCAUGGGAUGCCCGUGCUCGAGAACUGUUGGCGCAAGCUCUCCGACCGCCGAGCUAGAAGAGCAGCUGAUGAUCAAGAACAUGCGGGACGAAUUGUCUCUGUUGAAAAAGUUUUAUUCAAAUCAGCCGUUUUUACAUCUCGUUGCCGAUUGCUGGACUUCCAGAAGUAAAUAUCCCUUCCUCGGCCUCGACUACCACUGCGCUAAGCCUAUAUUUGAUCCAACUAGGACCAAGGAUCUUCGUUGCGCACGUACGGCUGGCUUGGUGCACCUGCCGGGCUCGCACAACGGGCAUAACAUUGCCGUUGCCACAGCAGAUCACUUCGACGAGCUUCUUAGUAUACCAAUUGCGGACAUCGAGAUCCCGUCCGACAACUACUCUAACACGACCGACAUUAGCGCUACUUUUCUCAGCUUUACUUCUGACUCGGGCGGUGGCGUACAUGCAUCGGCCCGCCGCCUCGGUCUGUGGCACGAGUCAUGCCGUCUUCAUGAUCUCGACCUCGUCCUAUCCGGUGCCGAAGUCGAGCGAGUGCCUCCUUCGGUCGAUGGCGACUUAGUUUGUGUGUUAAUUUCCCGCGAAGGUCGUAUUCACUGAAACGUAGGUCCAAUGUCAUGGAUUAUGUGUUGCUCAAAAGCAUCUUACUGAAGAACAGCUACGUGUCCGCCGAUUCAUCCAGAAAGCUCGCAGACUAGCCAAUAAAUUCUGCAACUCAACGCAUGCAAACGAAGCGUGGAAGAAGGCCGCGGACGAUCUCAUCAAAUUGUCCGAGGGCCUGAAUCCAGAAAUCAUCGACGCCCAACCCACAACUGAUGAAAAUGAUACUCUUAUUACUGAUGCAUUGUAUGCUCUCCUAGCUAAUGAUGGCGUCGACGACUUCGUGGCCCUUGCAGAGGCAGGUGGUGCGGCAGAAAGCGAUGAAUUAGCCGUCGAAGAAGGGCUACGGAUCCCCUACCCCGGCAUGGUCGCCAAAAAACUUGUUACUGAUGGAAAGACUAGAUGCUGGUCCUUGACGUUGAUGCUCAUGACCAUUUUUCAGCAGAGACCUAUCAUACACGAGUACUGCGCUAACGAAGGCUGUGAGGAACUGGACUUUACCAUUUCUGAGUAUCGGUCCAUGGCCAAGAUAUUGGGAGUUGCUAUGCCUAUUAUGGACGUUCAAAAAUAUCUCGAGGGCGAGGAGUAGUUCUCGGAGUCAGAAACUGAGCUUUCACCAAUCGAACCGCGUCGGUGGGGUCGCGUGAGCCCCGCGAUACGCGCGUUUGGGCCGCGUUUCGGUCGGCGCGUCUCCGUCGGAGCCCGGGGCACGUCGCUAGUCGUGGGGCGGCGCCUCGACCCGUCGCCGCGACCGCACGCCGCCACUGCGCCGACCCGCGGUCCGGAGAGGUCCUGGUGCGGCUUCAGGGGGCACGCGACGUUCGGUGAAGGUUUCCCGCUUAGGUAUAAUACGAAGAGCGUCGCGCGCGUCUUGAUGAUGUAUGUGCUCGAGGAAUUGAUUAGCAGCAGCAUCAGCUGCCCUAAAGUAGUGAAUCCCUUUGAACAGGAAGACGUUCCGCUGGAAUCAUACGAGGACGACGCCAUCGCAAAACCAAUGUUGAGCACGACGGUGGAGAAGCUCAAGCAAUUUGUAUUUGGUGAGAUGUCGCCCGUCGAGGCGGCAACGAUCAUUGUAGAUCCGCGGUUGAAGCGUCAAUUCUUCGACGACCUCCAGAUCCUUCAGAAUAAAAUAGACGAUCCGCAGUACACGACCAACUGGCAAACUGUUUGCGACGAUGCGGUUGCUGCUUUGAAGGUUCGACUGACAAAGGCAAUUGAAAAUGAUGAAGCCCUCCACAACGCACGACCUAUCACUAAUAACUUUUUUCAGCAGACCCGGGCCCCGGCGGCUCCGGCUCCGGCCACAGCUCCUGCGCCGCCACCGGUUGCACCGACCGUGCAGCCGCCGCGCCAGACGUCUAUGCGGUCUGGUUUUGCUGCAAGGAUGCGGCAGCGAGGUGCUCCUGGUGACGACGCGGGCCAACAGCCGACAACGCUGAAGCCUAGUGCUACUACGAGGGCGGCUAAUGAUGUCGAUGCGUCGGCCACGGCGCGGUAUUUUACGGGAUUUUGAGAGAGUGAGGGCUUCGCUCCGCUGGAACGCGUUCUCUCACAGGUACUUGAACCAGCCCGUUUUGAACAUGCAAGAAUUCCCACUCAUGGCGAUUGAUGGUGAACGGAAAGCAGCUGAUCCCUUGGUGGGUUGGAUGAGGGGUAAAUUCGAUUUAGCGACCUUCCAGAAGAAGCCCAAAAUGGACGGUGCGUGUCGGGCGAUGCCUUAUAUAGCUGUCACCGCCAUGGCCUACCUCGGCGGCGUCGCCGCGGCCGCGCGCAACGAGCGCACUUUCCGGGACACGUCCUUCAUUAAUAACGUGCUGAGGCAGAGAAUGGAGCCCAAGACCAUCGCGCGCGCCUCCCUGCUCCGCCGCAACCCUGAAUGCCGAGCCGACGUGCAGGCCGUCGCCAAGCAGCUUGUGAAGGAUGAGGAAAACGCGAAGCGCCAGAAAUCGUAAGCGUAACUAUACGUGAUUCAUAA